AUGGCGAUCGACCCUGCCCUUCGAGUACCACCACGACCUGUUGCAAGUACAUCUGCCCCUACCGCUGGCCCCUCUACGAUCUCUCCUGAAGCGCAGGGGCCUCCUGCUGCUGCUGUUCCUGCUGUUUCUUCUGCUGCUGUUGCCCACUGUUCAAACAAGGGUAAAGAUUGCGCACUGCCUUCAUCAGAGGUCGACAUACAUGCCAACCCUCAUUACCCAUCGCAACUCCCACCUGUUUUCACUCAGCAUUAUGCCGAACAAGAACAGCAGUUGAAGGCAAUGGAGCAUCAAGCUGCCGAGCAGCGUGAUCUAGAGCACCACACGAAGAAUACUGUAGAAGCAUAUGGGUGGUCAGAGGAUGGUGCAGAGGUGACCAUGUGCGAAUUUCAAGAUGGUAUCACCCUGCUGCAAUUCAAGGUGACCGCUCGAGUAUUCCGGGCACUUGGGUUGUACUCUGGAGAUGACGCAGAGGUGCAAGUCCAAUACUUCAACACCUCGAAGAGCCGAUGGUGCACAGUCCAGCAAGGGCAUGUGCUUAUGCUUGACAGCCGUCAAGUGUACAUGUGCAACAUAGGCGUCACCAUCACUCCCGAGUUCGAUGAGAUCUUCGAAAGUAACUCUCUUCAUGCUGUUCCCAAUAUUUGUACCAAUCUCAAAGUGGAGCGUGCUGCUGUUCGUCUGUCCAACACACGCAAACAGCUCAGAGCUGCUAGCAUCACAGCCUCUGAUUCAGAGGAGCCAGAAGAUAUGCAGAAGCGGAAGCAUUUGGGCCACUCAGCGCAAGGCAAUACUCACCGUGCAUGCACAAACACAGCUGGCUCCUCAGCUUCAUCCUUGAAGUCAGACUCACCUCCAUUGUGGGACGAGAUAGAGAUAUUUUCUGAUUCCAGCUCUGAGGUCAACAUCACUCCCCAUCAACAUGCACCGCAUCCAAGUCAUCGUCGUUCACCAUCAUUGGACAGCGGCAGCCAUUCCGGCUCUGAGGUCGACAUCACUCCCCGUCAACAUGCACCACAUCAAAGUCGUUGUCGUUGUUCACCAUCAUUGGACAGCGGCAGCCAGAGUGAUGCCUCUACUAGCGAUGCCAGAUCUACUAGCAACGCCACUACUAUAUCUGAGUGCUCAUCAUUGUCUUCAGGCCACUCUCCUGAGGAUGCUGUUGAUGUUGAUGCCUUCGACGAUGUCAAGCGCUGGCCUACCAGCUUCUACGCAUGUGAAAUUGCAGAUGGGUUCAAGAAGUACAAUAAAUCCCGCAGAGUUGGACUGUCCUCCCAUGCUGCCUUCUCACUGGCAUUCGGAGGGGGUGUACACUUCCAUCCCUCAACCUUCUCAGAGCAUCGGAAAUGA